GUUCGCUGUUUGAACUCUUGAGAGAAGUUGAAGAACGUCCCCACUCUAUCUGACGAGUUCUUCAUAUUCUCUCUCACAGAUCCAGUUCUUUCGGAGUUCAUGGCAUUACAUGAACAAUCUGACCAGGUGAUGGAGAGAAAGAAGUGUCACCUGUUGGAAAUAGUGCAAUAUACAUGUGAACCAGAAGAACUUCCUAGUGGAGAAGUUCGUCCUCGAUGCUUCCCUCUCCCUCGCAUCUUUAGGAUAUGCCCUGACCGUCCGGCCGUGGAAAUCACGAAGCUUCUCAAGAUUGACCUCAAGACAGGUGAGAUUGAAAUGCCCCACGAGUCUAGCGACCUUCUUCCAAAGGGCAAACACUGGCGAGACAUACGCCGAUACAACUUUGAGACCGAAGUUGGAUCAAGUCAUUAGCCGAUUCCAAGCUUCCAAGACCACACAAGACCUACUCCACAGAGUUUGAUACAAGGUUUUACCCAAGACUCACUCAACAACUUGCGAUUUACUUUUGGCAACUGUCCCUGAUGUCAUAUGAGUUUAGCUGUUGCUAUAAUUGAAUUGACUGCCAGCAGCCCCAUUAUUAUUUUUGCUUCUAUGGAUACUUCAGGUCAUUUCCCAUGUUUCAGCUUCUGCAUCUAGCGCAUA